AUGGCUUUCCUGUCCAGGUUCUACAGGAACAGCAGCCGCUCCCCGAGCCGGGCCCCGCGGGAUGAGCGCAGGAGCCAUCCCAUCCUCAGCGUGUUCGAGCUGGAGCGGCUGCUGUACACGGGGAAAACAGCCUGCAACCACGCCGACGAGGUGUGGCCAGGCCUCUACCUGGGAGACCAAGACAUCGCGUCCAACCGGCGGGAGCUGCUGCAGCUGCGCAUCACCCACGUGCUGAACGCCUCCCACUGCCGCUGGCGCGGCGGCGCCGACUACUACGAGGGCACGGGCAUCCGGUACCUGGGCAUCGAGGCCCACGACUCGCCCUCCUUCGACAUGAGCCCCUACUUCUACCCCGCCGCUGACUUCAUCCACCAGGCCCUCAACGAAGGGAGGAUCCUCGUGCACUGUGCCGUCGGGGUCAGCAGGUCGGCCACCUUGGUCCUCGCCUACCUCAUGAUCCGCCACCACAUGCCCCUGGUGGAAGCCAUAAAGACGGUCAAGGACCACCGCGGGAUCAUCCCCAACCGCGGCUUCCUGCGCCAGCUGGUGGCCCUGGACAACGCCCUGAGGCUCAAGAGGAGCUCCUGA